UCUGUAUAUACAUUUGAAAAUCGAUUAACUUCAAAUGUGAAUCUUGAAUCUUAUCAACCUUCUGUAUUGAUAUUGAUCACUAAAUAUAAUAUAUUAAUAUCAAUAUUUUAUUAUGCAUCUGAAACGUUUUAUGAGGGUAUAAGUCAGGAAAAGGUUGUCUGAGUACACUGUUCCACCAUUUCUCUGAAGGAUAAACAAGACUGUGCCGUACGAAUAGACUAACAAAGCCUUCUGAAAAAAGCGGUAUUUUUUUAAUUAUUGAACUUCUACUGACGUUAGGAGUAUAUGAAAAUUUUUUCAUUAUUUUCAACUAAGUUAUUUUUGAUAUACUUACCAUAAAUUUCAAAAUGUCGAAAAAUACCAAAACUCCAGCAAUGUUAUUACAGGAAUAUACAGUGAAGAAAAAAAUUUCAGCUCCAGAGUAUAAUUUGAUAUUAAGCAGAUGUGGAACCCAUGAGAACGAGUUUCACUAUAAAGUUUAUGUUGCAGGCAUUUCAGCUCUUGGAGUUGGAAGGUCAAAACAAGUGGCUAAACAUAGUGCAGCUUCCAGUGCCCUUCAAAUAUUGGAUAGAAUGGGCAUUUACGAUAUUCAUGAUGAACCACCAAACUUUCAACCAAAUUUGCAUAGAAAUGAGCCAGAGAAUCCAAAUGAAGGAUGUGUCAAUAGUAUUGAUUCUAUGAUUGUUUCAGGUUGCUUACAGGAGAUCUGUGUUGAUAACAAAAUUCCUCUACCAAUAUUUCAUGAAAUAUCUGAUGUAGGGCCUCCUCAUUGUAGGCAAUUUACUUAUGAAUGUGAAAUAGAUUCAAUAAAAACUCAAGCUAUAGCAAAAACAAAGAAGCAAGCUAAACAAUUGGCAGCUAAAUUAAUGCUAGAAAAAAUCAAACAAAUUAUACCAAAUUAUGUGGUUUCUAAUAAUGUUUUCGACAAUAGUCUUCCGGAUCAAGAGGCUAUACAUGAAUAUUUAAGACGUCAACCCUUCAAGGUUGUUUCAAAUAAAAGUACAAAAAUAAUAGAUUUUCCUAAUUGUUUCAAAUUAAUAAUGAAGAAGUUGAAUCUCUCCAUAUCUGAUAUCCAUAGAUUUCUGAAAGAUGAGAAUGAAGAAGGACUGAAAAAACUACUCGAGAAGUUUGAAUUAGCAUAUGAUUUCACUGAACUUCAGAGAGAACCCCCGAAUGUUGUUGUAGCAUUGGAUAUUGAGCUGGAAACUCCCUUUACUAUAUUAGGAACUGGAUCAAUAAUGGAAGAAGCUAAAAAUAAUGCAGUGAAAAAAACAUUUAGCACAAUAAAAUCAUACUUGAAGGUCGUCAAUUUGAACUAUUGAGGCUUUCUAUUUAUUUUAAUUCCCCUAAUUAAGUUUUAAUUUAACUCUUAACUGCAUGAAUUUCAAAAAAUUCACAGAAAAAGAAUGAAAAAAAUCCAAACGAAUGACUUCAAACUUAUUAACUCCCAUAGUUGCUUUCACCAUAUAAUUUCCUAAAAUCGGAUGCAAGAGAUCCCUUAUUAUAAACACAUGUAACAGAUGAGAAAAUGAUAAUUCCUAAGUAUUUUUGAAAUGAUUUUAGAGAAAGUAUCGCUGGUUUAUUGGGGUUUUUCUGUACCGAGUGUAAUAGAGAUUGAUCUACCAUAUGAUUUAUCAA